AUGGAGAACAAUGGCUUGACAAAGGAGCAAGCCCAAAAGGUGUAUAAGUUCUAUGGAAGUCAGAGACAUGCGGUGCCUCGUGGAAGUAAUGCAAGUCCCGAAGAAAUCGCCAACGUGAUUGCUUUCCUAGCAGACCGAAAGCUGUCGUCGUACAUUGUAGGACAAAUGAUCGUUGCUGAUGGAGGCACGUCGUUGAUCAUGGGCGCCUACACCUACGACUUCGACAAAUUACGGUUUCGCCUUCUUCCUGAGUAG